UCAAACAUGGCGUCGGGGUACAUACUAAAUCGCGGUGCGUUAACAUUAGGCAUUCACUGCCAGCGUGUGUGCAGGAGUGUCACGGUUACACAAGUCAGAGAAAAAAAGCGAUGGAUGAGAGCGUACACUUACCUCAUGGCGAAGAAGUUAAAGCUUGAAGGACCUCCGCCACCGAAGCCACGCUCUCAGCAUCCUAACUGGGAUUACCAUGCAGAGGUUCAGGCUUUCAGCACCCGCCUUCACGAGAACUUCUCCUUGCAGCUACUGAAAACAGCCUUCAUUAAUCCCUGUUACCUUCAGGCGGAGCAAGCGAGGAGGCAGGGUUUGGGUGUGGACUCUGAGCUCACCGCUCUUGAUCUGAAAAAUAAUAUUAAGCUGAGUGCAAAGGGAGCAGAUUUCACCAAAAGCUUCCUGAUUGAUUGGUGCAGGGCCAGCUUCCCGAGCCUGCCGAGUGAUGGGGUGCAAAGUAUUGUCGGGCACCUCAGUAGUUCAGCAGUUGUGACCAAUGUGGCGAGAAACCUUGGCAUUGAAGAUCUAACCAUGAGUGAGGUAUUCCCUGUUCCUGAUGAUGUGCUUCAUUCUACAUUCAUGGCAGUGAUUGGAGCUCUAUUGGAGAGCAGUGGAGCUGAGCGAACAGGAUUUUUCCUCAGGGAUUUCCUGGUCACUCAGUUGAUAGGAAAGGACUUGUUUGAUAUGUGGACAGUGGUUAAUCCCAUGGGGCUUCUAAUGAAGGAGCUUUCUAAGAGGAACAUAGUUCUUCCAGAGCCCCGCCUCAUCAGAUCUGCUGGAGCCAGCACCGUCCUUCCCCUCUACUUUGUUGCCUUGUACAGCGAUAAGAAGCUCCUCGCUCAGGGUCCAGGAGAGACAAUUGUUGCAGCGGAAGAGGAGGCAGCUCGCGUGGCCCUGCGGAAACUCUACGGCUACACUGAAAACCGCCGACCCUUUGAUUUUUCGCCACAGCAGCAGCAUGAGCAGCCGUUAAUUCAGUCGGUCAGCAGCAGUUAAUGAAGUAACAUCUCUUACCCUGUUGCUACAUAGAAAGUGAACCAUCUACACCAUCUACCUUGUUGAAAAUUGGUCUAGAAAUGUACUUCUUUGGAUCAAUUCUGUUGUCAUAAGUAUUUAAAUGUUCGACUAGACAAAGAAAAGCAAAUAAGUCAGAUUGUCCAAACAAUAAGCAAUCAAAUAAAGCGAUCUAAAUUCAUUUUAAAAUAAUCUGAUAACAUGUUCAAAUGUCAACUGGUCCUGGUCACCCUGGAUUAUUACCUACAGAUUAAGCAGCCCAUGUUACCAAAAAGUCCUGGCAAAUUAUAUCUGAUCAUCCUUGUAAAUAAUACCAUUUGGGUAACUUGAUAUUCUUUCAUAUUAUGUUGUUCAUCAGUAAUAAAAUAUUCAUAA